AUGGCUCGAGAAAAAAAUUUUCCACCGCAAAUCACUUCCGGUUCGCCUGCCGGUCUAAUGAAAAUGAAGAUAAAAUUCCUUGAGGGACUGGUUGGCUCCUCGACGAGGAACAACGAGCCCGGGUCCAGCGGCAGCAGCAACAGCGGGACGAUUAACGGCGCGACAUUCGCGGUCCGCGUCGGCACCAUAGACGGGGUUAUUACGCACCACCUGAGGGCCGAAACCAGGAGGGAUUUGGUCGCCUGGGCAAGGGCCAUCGUUCAAGGGUGUCACACCGCUGCUUUGUCACUCCGUGAAUACACUGUCCGCUGUUUAUGGCAAGGUAGACCGUGCAAACUGGUCGUCAACACCGAAGAAGGUUUUAUGCUCUACGCAGCAGGUGCGAGAGGCAUCAACGGAGCCAGUCCCGGGUCCCCACCGGCCCCCCUCUGGAAACGAUCCUUCGAUAAAUUGAGAAUGUCUGCCGAUGAUGGCUCCAGAUUGCUCUGGCUCGACUUUAUUGAUGACGAAAAUGAGAUUGAGCUGGACCUCGAAAGCUGCCCCAAGCCGAUAGUCUUCGUGCUGCACAACUUUCUCUCCGCCAAGAUCCAUCGCCUCGGAUUAUCGGCAUAG